GAUGUCAUUGGACAGGUUUUGCCUGAUGCAACGACGACAGCAUUUGAAUAUGAAGAUGAGGACGGUGAUCGGAUUACUGUUAGAAGUGAUGAAGAAAUGAAAGCCAUGCUAUCCUAUUAUUAUACCACUGUAAUGGAACAGCAAGUAAAUGGACAAUUAAUAGAACCUUUGCAGAUAUAUCCAAGAGCCUGCAAGCCUCCUGGGAAACGCAACAUACAUGGCCUGAAGGUAAAUACACGAGCAGGGUCUGCUAAUAAUAGCAGCUCAGCAGUCUCGGAUUCCCUUCCAAGCAAUAGCUUAAAGAAAUCUUCUGCAGAACUGAAGAAAAUAUUAGCUAAUGGCCAGAUGAAUGAACAAGACAUACAGUAUCGAGACGUCCUCGGUCAUGGCAAUGGAGGCACGGUCUACAAAGCAUAUCAUGUCCCUAGUGGAAAAAUACUGGCAGUAAAGCUCAUACCUUUAGAUAUUACACUGGAACUCCAAAAGCAGAUUAUGUCGGAAUUAGAAAUCCUUUAUAAGUGUGACUCAUCUUAUAUCAUAGGAUUUUAUGGCGCUUUUUUUGUAGAAAACAGAAUUUCACUAUGUACAGAAUUCAUGGAUGGCGGUUCUUUGGAUGUUUAUAGAAAAAUUCCAGAGCACGUACUAGGAAGAAUAGCCGUAGCUGUUGUUAAAGGCCUUACCUAUUUAUGGAGUUUAAAGAUUUUACACAGAGAUGUGAAACCCUCUAAUAUGUUGGUGAACACACGAGGACAGGUGAAGCUGUGCGACUUUGGGGUUAGCACACAGCUGGUGAAUUCUAUAGCCAAGACGUAUGUUGGAACAAAUGCUUAUAUGGCGCCUGAACGAAUUUCAGGGGAACAAUACGGGAUUCAUUCCGAUGUAUGGAGUUUAGGGAUUUCCUUCAUGGAGCUUGCUCUUGGGAGGUUUCCAUAUCCUCAGCCUUUUCCACCUUGAUUUUCCCAACAAUAUGAGAAACGGAGCGGUAGUGUCCUUAACUCAAAGAGACAAGACUGUCAGGCCUGUUAGCUCAACAAAAUGAUGACAUAUUACUUGUCUCAAUGAAGAGGCAUUCUUAAAUCCCACUGCAAGGAAAACAUAAGUGGAUAAUAGAAAAUUUUAGAGCCAGAGUAUCCAUUCACUGUAAUCUUGCCAUUGGUUCCUUUUCUAAGAAAGUACAGAAGGCAAAAACACUGUUCGUGAAAGAGAUCCUCUUUUUUUUUUUUACUUGCUUUUAAUGAAAGAUUUGUGCUCUUACCAUACUUCUGUGCAUAAAAGUAUCAGAGAGAUGCUGUCAUGUAUGCUACACAUUUUAGGACAGACCCUCAGCUGGAAUAAAUCAGUGUGGCUCCACUGAGGUCAGUGCAGUUAUGCUGAUUUACAGCAGCUAAGGAUCUGGCCCCAUGUCAAUAGGACUAGAUUUUACAAAUGCUUUUGGAUUACUUAUACCAAAGCCAUUUUUAAAUAAGAUUUGGGUUUUGGCCUUGCUUGAGCAAAUUCUUCCCUCACUGUGUUUUCAGCUAGUGAGGUUUAAUUGUAGGUCAAAAAGCUACUUAUCUAACCACUUUGCAUUUAAAACACAUUAAUUUCUUUGCUGUAUCUUAAAGUUUGCCUAAUAAUUUUGUGGUUUUAAUUGAAGUUACUGCUUUUCAUCCCUAUAUUAGCAUGGUCUAAGGUUAUUUUUUUUUAUAUGUAAUUCAUACUAUAGGCCAAAUUUGGUCUAGUUUCAUUUAAAUGUGAGCAGGUUGUCAAGGAAAAAAAAAUUAGUUUAGCUUGGCACAUAAAGUAGCUAUUUUACUGUUGGUUUUUUUCAGUUGACAGAAACAUCAUUUAAGCAUUCAUUUAUUUUGUAAGAAUAAACUGAAGGUUGGUUAAAGCAUGUUUCCCGGUAAGAAUGAAAUCUGUUAUCUUCCACUUGCAUCAUAAUAUUGAACCAUUUAAAAGACAUUAAACACUGUUUAAAUGCUAAUGACAAACUAGUGAUGUUUUCCAUAUUAACUUUAUAGAAAAUGUUAGAUGUAAUCUUCUAUUUUAAGAUCUAGACUGAUUUCUUAAUAUAGGUUUCACUACAUGUAUCAUUACCUAAUCUACCUAGAUUUUUUUUUACAUCAACCAGAAAUCAUAAAUUCAUAGCUAAAAUAGAUUUAGCUUUUGGGAAUACAUUGUAAAGUUAGGAUAGAGUGAUAAUUACACUACAGAUUUUUUUCUCAUGUGAAAAUAUAGAAAAUAUAGCAUGCCCUUUCCAUGAAUUAAUAGGAAACUGCUGAAAGUAUCUAAUAUGUUGCAUAUCUUGUUUAUCGAUAUGGGGAAAAAGGUUAGACCCUAAUCUACAACACAUUUAUCUGGAUGGAUUGUUAAUUUGUGAUAUUUAAUUAUUAUUCCUUUUUAACUAUAAUAAUUACAAGCAACCAUUUAAACCAUGAAUUCUGCUACAUUUCUCAUUUUACCAGCUUUGGGAAUGGGAUUCCAGUGUUGCAUUCUAUACCUAUUACAGAUCACUUUUACUGCACAAAGUUAUUCCCCAGCUUUUCCAGAAGUAUUGAAAGCCCUGAUCCUGUAAACACCUAUGCGUGUGCUUACCUUAAAGUACAUAUGUAAUCUCAUUGACGUCAACUUUACAUAAAUGACUAGUCACGUUGACUUUAGUGGAACUAUUUCAAAGCAUAAAGAUAAGCACCUUCAUAGUGUUUGCAGGGUCAGGACCUGAGCUGUUAUGUGGUUAGGAGCUUUGACACUGGAACUUAACCUCUCUGAGUUUUUUGUCAUUUGAAUGAGAAAGUUGCCUUUAAGUAACAUGACUUUUGUUAUUACAUGAGGUCAGUAUCCUGACCUCUGAAUGCAGGGUUAACCCUUUUGGAACCUUUGUGAUUACAUAAAUCAAGCAAGAGCCUCAAAUGAGGCGGCAUUUGCCAUAAAGAAUAAGUUCCUUAUCAGGGGAAAACAUGAAAAAGAAAGGAGAUAUUUAAAUUUAUUUCAGGGCAUCUUUAGAAAUGUGUGAGCAUCCUUUGCAUGGGCUGGUACUACAGGAAAUGAUCCUUCCUUCACUGUUACCAGUGAGUGUAAGUGCAUCACCAUGAAUAAAGCCUGUUAUGUAAAUAACUAAGUUUUGAAUUAGAACUCACAAAAUUGCAGGUCAGACUCUCACUGGCAUAAAGGCAAGUAAGCAACUGCCUAUAGUCUACUGAGGAUCGCUGCGUCAGCCAGAGCAACCACAGUUAAUAGCAUUGUACCAGGCAUUGUACGUGAAGUUCCCAGAUUCUCUGCGGCCCCAAGAGCAGCGCUGGGUGAGGUCAAGGCAUGCAUUCCUAUUCCCACAAGCUUAAGAGCACAAUGUGCUGGAGUAUUUUUGUUCAUCCUGGCAACAUAGUCAAAGAGCAUGCAACGCCACUUUUGAAUGUGUAACAAACGAUUGGAGGAAGACCAGAUAUCUGUGAGAUUAUGGGAUUUCGCACAAAAACAAACCACAUUAUGCUCAGGUUUUGGUGCACAUCUGCAGUGCCUCUAGCUACACCUAGCCUGACUGUAAGACAGUCUGGGUUUCUGACCUGUACAGCAGAACAGGCAAUACGCAAGUUUGAUAGAUCCUGAACUUGGUCUCAGCACACAGACUUUUUGGGUCCAUAAGUGAGACAUGGACUUCAUGCAGGAGAUGCGGAGGCCUAGUCGUAGAUAACAUCUGAUUUGCUGUGAUUGUUUGAACUCUGCUUGCAGGCUUGGUGGAUGAACUGGCAUAAACAGUAACCGAUAAAUAGGAAAUGAGUUGGAUUUUUUCCAUAUAGCCAUUUACAAAGCAUCAAAAUUUAUUGGGUUUAUUGAAACUAAUGUCUUUUUCCAGUCUUCUGUGUGAUCUGUGUUAUUUGGGACUAGAGUGAGGCAUUGAUUCUAGCCCAUUCAUUUAAAUCUGGGUACAACGUUACAGGCUUUGAAAUGUACAGAAGCAAGUUGUCUGCAUAUGGAGCACCUCUUUGCUCUAUAUCACCUGUUUGUCUACUAUAGACAUAAGAACAUAAGAACGGCCGU